AUGGAGAAAAAACAAUAUCACAAAUUUCUAACCAUGACGAAGACCAAAUUAUCUGAUUUUUUUUCUUUGCGGAUGGUGAAAAUAUUUGUGAGAAAAAAUCAGUUAACAACUGUCAUCAUUGCUUGUUUUUUAACAACUUGUAUUGGGUAUCUUAUUGUGAGACCGAGAUAUGUACACCAGUACAAUCCACAAGAUGACGACCUUGUCCAUAAAUUCACUAUUGUGGAUGAUGAUAGUGUUGACGAAAAAAGUUCGGUUGAUCCUGUUCAAAAUAUCUCCACUUGGCAGAAAACUUCUGGUAAUAGGGUCAAAUCAAAGAUUCAUGCCGAUAAACUCAUUUUAACAACAGAUACAAAAUUUGUUUCUCACAUACCUGGUUGGACAAUUGUCACAUUGGGACCCAAAUUAAAAUGUGGCAUGGAAAGUUCAGAGAAGUUUAAAGAAACAGUUCAUCAAGCAGUAAAAGAUGGUGUUCAAUUCAUAUAUAAAUCUACCGAGUAUCAACCCAAGACCUUACAUUAUCUCGACCGGUUUAAUUAUGAUAAAACAAUGCCUGUAAUGAAAUAUAUGGGAAAUUCUACCACUCCCGUUAAAAAUCACUUCAUUGUUAUUAAUGAGAAUUAUCAGAAACGAAACUUUGCUGAAAUGCGGUAUAACGUUAGUGUUUGGCGUACAGCUCCAAUACAGAAAAUACUUCUCCGAAACGAAAUAAACAGAGGAGGAGAUGUUGAUGACCGAGCGCCACCUAUUGCUAUAUCAAUCAAAAAUAGCCGCUAUACAUUCGUUAAAGACAUGAUAUUAUUCCGUUAUGAUGCUUUCUGGGCUAUGGUACCUUUUAAAGACAAUGAACUGUGGUCUAUGUGGGUUCAGAAACUUUUACUGGAAUUAAAAACGUGGGUCACCUUCACGACCGUAUCUCCAUUACAACACUUGUGCUCUAAUAAUGGAAAAUUAAGCCAUAACGACCUGAACCAUAUCGCCAGAUGGAAAUGUAAAUCAAGAUCGAACUUCUUCGAGUGUGUGAAAGAUUUCAAUAGGUUUUUAGUCAGCAAUAAGUUUAUGGAUUCGACUCAGGAAAAGACGAUAACUAAAUGGCUUAAAAUGCUGACAAUUGCCGGAUAUACCCAACCAUCUUUAAAUCCCAACAAUGACUCUACUGGCUUAGUCUAUAGAGCCAUAUUCAGACCAAAAUCUGUUGAUUCAUUGUAUUCCAUGAAACAGUCGUACCAUAAUAUCUGUGGAAAAACACAGCCAGCCUGUCCGUUUAAAACUGUUAAAAAGUCAACCAAGAAGUUCUCAACUAUUCUUCUGAAUGUCGUGUUUAACCAUGCUACGUUUUAUAAAAUUACAGAGUAUUUAGCCAAUAUUUACCGUCCCCAUUUCACCCAUAUUAACUUCUGUGGAACGAAAAUGGACAAUUUCUUACCUUAUAAUGCAAAGUUAGAUAUACCCGUGUCAUUUAUUGAAAUGGAUGAUAAGGAGUUUCAGAAAGGCCAGUUUGAUCACCGAUGUAUUGAAGGUGCCAUGAAAAUGAAUUACGAUAUUGACGGAGUGUUCCACGUCAAUGAUGAUAUUCUGUUAAAUCUGUGGAAUUUGCCAGGAAUACCUACUGAUCGUGUUUGGUUUCAGAAAGACUUGCAGGUGGUUCCAUUUUCUACAGCUCGAUUACCAUCAGUGUAUUGGAAACGUGCUCAAAUGAAUAUUACGUGGUGGCCGUGGCACAAUAAUAACAUGGGCAGAAUGAAAUUAAAAGGAUCCAUUGAUACUUUAAGAAAUUUAAGUAAAACCGAGCCUCUGGCUGCAACUUAUAUAAAUCAAGUUGAUAAAAACACUGGGGGUAAACGGGAUAUUGGGUUUGCUGGUAAUACAGAUAUCGCUUAUUUCCCAAAGAAAACUUUUAAAACCUAUUUAUAUGCUGCUCAAGUACAAAGUCCAUUUACAAUAUUUCUUGAGUUAGCAGUACCCGGAUUAAUAGCAGGAGUGACUAAUCUCUAUGAUGUGGUCACAUUGCCGGGAAAAUAUAUUUGGUUCGAUGAAAGACCAUUCUACGCACAACAUUAUAACGUUUCUCAUGUGUUUUUACAUUCGUUAAAAAUUGGUGGUUGUUUACCUAAAAAACCAUGUAAACAGUUUCUGUGUGAGAAAUACUUAUCGUGUUUAUGA